AGUGGAAUCUCAGUCGGUGAGAGGAAUACAUUCUCUUGCGGAAUGUGAUAGGACCAUCAUAAACAAUGCGAAGGCAGCUCGACCGGAUGCAUUACAGUUGUUAGGGAAACAAAGCCUCGAUGCGAGCAAAACUGACAAUGGCGAGUUUUUUUUUCUAAUCUCUGUCGCAUUAACAUUCCACCAAAAACAACACCAUUCAAGCUCACCCUUGCCUCGCUGUUCGCAACAGAAUGUCUCACUUUUUUUUUGUGGCUACAUAUCUAUCUUUCCAAUUGUAUUCUUUAACCUAUAGCAUUUUGUUCACUCAACCAAUCAUAUCCCAUCGCUGUCGCCACAAUCGUUUUUUUCCCCCUCCUCUAAUUGUAUUCACCAUUGCUUGAUGGUACAGCGUUUACUUGUUCCCUCUUCCUCUGAUAUCUUAAUGCUGACGUUCUCUGUUCUAUUCGCGCUUCCAGAUCGUCUAGAAAAGAAGUGUCGAAUUCGAAUUUCCCCCAAUGAUGCCACCCUCCCCAUGAACUCCUCUAGCAUUUAAUUUGCUGCUACAGAUUAAAGACGCCGCAGCUUCCAGUUUGUUACCACAUCUUGCAGUUCUUGUAGUAGGAAUCAUAUUGAGUAGAAAAGAUUUAAUUGAAUAAAUCGAACACCUGGCGUUUUCCCAAUAUAAGCACUGAAGCACAAACCCCAAUGGCAAAGGUUUUCUCUGUGAUGUCACAUAUCCCGGUUACUUACAACAAGUCCAACCAAUUUCAUAAGGACCACCGAGCUCUAUUGAAUAGCAUUCGAAUUCAACGCCCAUGCAAUGCUUUAAAUGACACUUUUCUAGACUAUCCGAUAUACUGACAGCAAACUGCAAUACGUUUGCGACGAAAUUACGAAAGUUCUGUUGAUUUUAUUCUUUCUCGUGUGUUACAGGUAUUUAGUUGAAAUAUUGCAUAUUGUCUUUUGAAAGAAAAUUGCUGUUUUGUUUUUUCUUGGUUCCAUAUUGAAGAAGUUGAACAGUUGCACAAGUGUCAUCUCAGAGAUCAAAAUAAGCAUUGGAAAGGCACAGAGAAUGAUGGAAGCGUAUUGACUGAGAAACGUAACUUUGAUGAGUUCUACACUGACUUAUGCUUUAUUGCCACGCCCCGGGAGAGGUUGUUUAUUGAACACGAAGUGAUGCUGGAGGAAAACACAAAUCAAGACAUUCAAGUUGAUUUCCAUCAAUUGUUUAGAAGUGGCAACUCCUUAACAAACAAAACAACCAUCACGGUGGUAUGCGGGGCUGCUGGAACUGGGAAAAGCACCAUGAUACAGAAAAUUAUCCACGACUGGUCCACGGGGACUAUGUACAAACUAUUUAAGUUUAUCUUGCAUUUCCCGCUUCGGCAACUAAAUGCAGUCAAACGUAAAACAAAUUUAAACACGUUGAUCCUUGACGCUUAUCCUCACUUCAAAAGUAAUCUCGAACAUCUAUGGAGUGAAACCAAUAAUCUAUUGUUCAUACUUGACGAUUUCGAUCAAUUUGAGGGAAUCGGUUAUUAUCAGGACGAGGUGAAGAAAGGGAACCCACAGCAAAAGUGCUUGGAACCGCAAUCUGUUUGCUUAGUGUCCGAUAUUGUACAUUCCCUCUUGCAGGGAGACUUGCUGAAGGGAUGCUCGUUGCUGAUCACAACCCGGCCGUGGAACCUCGAGACUCUGCACGAGGCACCGAUAGAUUCAACAUUCCAAAUCAUUGGGUUCACCGCUGAUCAAGCAAAACAAUAUUUUAAUCGUUAUUUUCGAGAUGGGUUUCAAGUAGAAAAUGUAAUCAAACUCAUUGAGCAGAGUGACAUAUUGCACAGCAUGUGCCGUAACCCUUUAUUCUGCUCGGCCCUUUGCUCUUCUCUGACGGCACAACAAAUACAAGGAGAGAGGACAACCUGUGUCAUAUGCAGCUCUCCGGUGUUCACCUCCUUCUUUGCACUCCUUCUAGGCAGGUCCGGUUAUAAUGUGACAUUUUCUCGAAAUAGCUUCCGGACACUCGGCAAGUUAGCCUAUGAGGUAAUCAGUAAUAAAAAAAAUGCAUUUGAAUCCGACAAAUUAAGUGAUCUGAAUUACUUUCUUCCCAAUUUUGCCUCGACAUUUAUGAUUCAAGUUCAGGACAACGAUAUGACUGCUUCUGUUUAUAAAUUCACACACUCCUUUAUUCGGGAUUUUAUUGCUGCAGUAAGUAAACGGCUACAUACAAAGGGAAUUGAAUUGCAAAGAAUUUUAAACGAUACGUUCACGUCCACAGACGGCAGAUGGGUUAUAUUUUUACGUUUUCUUGUCGGCCUUUGUUCAGGGAAAUCAAGUGAUCUUCUAGAGAAGCUAGUGGGCAAACGAAUUUCUGAUGUAUCCCUGUGCAUCUCCGAUUGGCUCUCGGAAAAGAUUAAAAGGUGCAUCGGGAAACUGGAGGGAAAGUAUACCCAGAACACUUUAUUAAACAUUCUACACUGUUUAUAUGAAUUUGCUGACGUGCAACUAACGAAGAAUGCAUUUACAAUAAUACCGGCAAUAAAGUUGAAUCAAUGCCUUCUCAGACCUUCCGACUGCACGGUGAUAUCCACCACAUUAACCUGCUCUGAAAGAGUUACAGAAAUGGAUCUCAGUUCAUGCCGUUUACAACUUGAAGGAAUCCAACAACUGGAGCACGUUCUCCACAAAUGUGAAAUUCUCAGACUCAAUGGAAAUGACCUGCGAGAUGCUGGGGUGAAGUUUCUUUCUGAAGUUCUGAAGAAAAGUAAUUGCAAAGUGCAAAGACUCGAGCUUAAAUCCAACAAGCUCACAGAUGACUGUUUGGAAGAUUUAUUCGCAACUCUCGCUAGAAAUCGUUCACUGACGAGGCUGGACCUGAGCAAUUCCACAGAGCAAGAGGAGGAGGCCAACCGACUCACCGAUCAAAUGCUGCAUAAUGUUAUACAAAGCAGUGAUCUGAAGAAGAAAAUCAGACUGACCUACUCUCGAGAUUUUGAACAAAAUGCUUCAAAGGAUGAAACUGCGUUGAAUGUUUUAACUGUAAUCACAGAAUGAAGGACAGAUUAUCAGCCUGGAAAACGUGCGUGUGAGGGACAAAGUACCAAUGCUCUGCAUAUGCUGGAAAUGCAAAACAACAAUCCCACACUACGGAAAGAACUCUCAAGUCAGGCGGCAGCAAUGAGGAGGAAUAAGGAGUCGACUUUUCAUGCCGGAUUCUUCUUUGGGGAUAAACAAGAACAGGGGAAGAAGCCACCAAUAUGGAAUUUAAUUGGAUAUUCAGGAAAGUCUACAUAAUCUAGUAAAUGGAAAGACUGGCAACAUUCAAGAUAAUCAACAAAUCAAAAUGAAACACUGAAAUAGCGCUGACAACAAGGUAAAGGAACACAAUUCAAAAGAUCCAAACUACAGUCCACUAUGGUUACUGACCCCAACCCUACAUGAUGAGAAGCAGGUUGUAGAUUAUUUUGCGAUUUGCAUGCACGGACAACCUACCGAUCCAAUCCGGACAUCGUAAUGUAACAACUUCGCCUGCUGUCAAAAUGUUCCCGUAAGUUUUUCUAACCCUGACUGAGAAUAUCUUGCAGAAUUCGGAUCAAAUUAUACCGUGGAAGCAAAGAGUAAAACUGGGUGACGUGUAAGCAACUCAGCAGAUAAAAUGUCAAUGCAUUGUUCACGUUACCUUAUGGCGUCAAGAACUAUUGUGCUGCCCUUAAGGCAUUUAUUUGAUUUUGUUGGGUCGACGCUUUAAAUGAUUUGCUUGUAACUAUUUUCUAGUUAAAGUUAAAGUUUGAUAAUUAUGUUGCAGUCAAACAAAGGUAAAUUCAUUGUCAAUGAAUAUCGCUGCAUGUGAUAACGUCACGUCCGGUUUCGCCGUGUCUUAUGUGUAACCUCCGGUUCGGGAAGGUGUAAAGGUGGGUUCCAUGCGUGCAGCAUGAUCGUGAAGAGCUCCGUGUCUACCCACAAAGAAACAUUAUAGAAGCAACGCCGUAAGUUCCUAUGAAGUAUAUGAAGUAAAAAUAUUACCGCGGUUUCUGUUAAGUGAAGCGGCGCGCUUGUCAGCUUUUCAAUUUCAAACGCAGGGUGGGUUCGGGCCCGGCGGCGGUUUGACGCGACCCUCUCGCUCCCUACACGGGGCGGCUGGUGACACUCGCUAAAACAAGAGAGCGCUCGUGUUCUCCAGAAUGAAACAGACGCUGUAUAUGUUUGUAUUUUUUUUUAUCAACAGUUUUCACCAGACGAUGUUAAUGUGGAAGAGUGAACA